UUUGCGUCAGGCCCCGCCCCUUCCAUGACGUUUUUGGUGGCGAGCGAGCGAGUGGUGUGCUGGGCUGCCCGGGGUUAGGUGUAGGUCGGUGUGAGGGCGCUGCUUCUCCACGCGGGUCUGCCUGUUUCUCUCGCUUGGUAUCUUCUGAGAGGGCAGCGACGGGAUGGCUCUGCUGGGUUUACUGCAUGCGGGCGGGUCGUUGCUGGGACAGGUAGUGGAUCAAGUGACCGGCAGCAGCCUUGUCUCCACGCUGCUGGUGGCCUGCGCCUUCACGCUCAGCCUGGCCUACCUGUACCGCCUGCCUUUGGACCACUUGGCCCAUCUGUCACCCGGAGCGAAAACUCCACCGUACAUUUUCUCUCCAGUUCCAUUCCUUGGGCAUGCUGUAGCAUUUGGGAAAAAUCCAAUUGAGUUCCUAGAGAAUGCAUAUGAGAAGUAUGGACCUGUAUUUAGUUUUACCAUGGCGGGUAAGACAUUUACUUACCUUCUGGGGAGUGAUGCUGCUGCACUGCUUUUUAAUAGUAAAAAUGAAGACCUGAAUGCAGAAGAUGUCUACAGUCGUCUGACAACUCCUGUUUUUGGGAAGGGAGUUGCAUAUGAUGUGCCUAAUGCAAUUUUCUUGGAGCAGAAGAAAAUGUUAAAAAGUGGCCUUAACAUAGCCCAUUUUAAGCAGUAUGUUCCUAUAAUUGAAGAAGAAACAAAGGAAUACUUUAAAAGUUGGGGAGAAAGUGGAGAAAAAAAUUUAUUUGAAGCUCUUUCUGAGCUCAUAAUUUUAACAGCUAGCCAUUGUUUACAUGGAAAAGAAAUCAGAAGUCAACUCAAUGAGCAGGUGGCACAGCUGUAUGCAGAUCUGGAUGGAGGUUUUAGUCAUGCAGCCUGGCUGCUGCCGGGUUGGCUGCCUCUACCUAGUUUCAGGCGCAGGGACAGAGCUCAUCAAAAAAUCAAGAAUAUUUUCUAUAAGGCAAUCCAGAAACGCAGACAAUCAAAAGAAAAAAUUGAUGAUAUCCUCCAAACUUUAUUAGAUUCUACAUAUAAAGAUGGGCGUCCUUUGACAGAUGAUGAAGUAGCAGGGAUGCUUAUUGGACUGCUCUUGGCAGGGCAGCACACAUCCUCAACCACCAGUGCCUGGUUGGGCUUCUUUUUGGCCAGAGAUAAAAUGCUACAAGAAAAAUGUUAUUUAGAACAGAAAACAGUAUGCGGAGAGGACCUGCCUCCAUUAACCUAUGACCAGCUCAAGGAUCUAAAUUUACUUGAUCGCUGCAUAAAAGAAACAUUAAGACUUAGACCUCCUAUAAUGACCAUGAUGAGAAUGGCUAAAACUCCUCAGACUGUGGCAGGGUACACCAUUCCCCCAGGACAUCAGGUGUGCGUUUCUCCCACUGUCAACCAGAGACUUAAAGACUCCUGGAUAGAGCGUCUGGACUUUAAUCCUGAUCGAUACUUACGGGACAACCCAGCAUCAGGAGAGAAGUUUGCCUAUGUGCCAUUUGGAGCUGGGCGUCAUCGUUGUAUUGGGGAAAAUUUUGCUUAUGUUCAAAUUAAGACAAUAUGGUCCACCCUGUUUCGUUUAUAUGAAUUUGAUCUUAUUGAUGAAUAUUUUCCUGCUGUGAAUUAUACAACUAUGAUCCACACUCCUGAAAACCCUGUUAUCCGGUACAAACAGAGGUCAAAAUGAAGAAUGCCACAAUGAACUAACGGGACAGCAGUGUAAGCUGCAGAUGCAUCCGGAGAGAAUGAAGUUUACAAAAUAACACUCAGCGUGCCGUGUUUUUAAUUCUAAAAACAAGUUUUAUGAUUUUAAUAUUAACUGAUCUAUCAAAUAUAGUAGUAUUUGAAAUGUUAUAUAAUAGUUUUGAUACUUCCGUGUACUUUAAGGAAGCCAAAUUAGUGAAAGGAACUGUUUUCUAAGUAAUUGGCCGAUUCUAAGUAGUAAUACGAAUUUUAAAAGCAUAUAGACCUCUUGGCAAGUUUAUUCAGCAGAGUCAGGUCUGGGACCACUUCUGCAAGGUACAAAGAGCCCAAGAAUACUUGGAAGAACACAAGUUAUUCAUUUACCUUGGUAAUUUUUAUGUGUAAGGAUGGGAGAGUAAGAAUGAACUCACAGUGAAAGCCUUGGAUAGAAAAGAAUACCAUUAAUUGUUUUGGUAUGAAGAUAGAUACCAGUGAUGGGACUAUAAUGCAGAAAAAUAAAUUCUCUGAAUUUUAAUUGGGAACACUAUUGGAAAUAGAGAAAUCUAAGUUUGUUCCUUGAUAAUAUUUCCUAAAAAUAAAUUAACAUUAAAGGUUGCUUGAAUUUUAAUAUAAUUGCUAAAUAUCAGCUAUUUCUCAUCUGCUAAAUAAUGCAUAUUUCUACAAGGUCGUAUUUGUAUAAAAGUCCUCAGUGGGUAGUUAUUUCCUCCUUGGCUCAAGGUUGUUCCCUGUCUCCUCUCCAAAAUCCAAUUUGGGGUGUUUCUAGUACUGCUACUUUUGAUUCAGUUUGUUUUGAACUGAGGACUAAAGAACACAGCAGUGUACUAGGUACUGUGCUUCUCUGUGUAAAAUACAGAUUCAUUGGAUGGUUCACUGGUUGCAUUUUGAAGCCUGUAUUUGGGAAUGAGCCUAACUGAAAUAUACUGGCAGCCUAACUACGUGAGAUAAUUGCAUUUUGACCACAUGAUCCAUUUUUACCAGAUGCAGCCAAAAUGUUUUCCUGUGUGUAUGCUACAUUCUGUUGAAUGAGGCUGGAAGACUCAUGUUAGACUCUUGUGAAAGCAAAAUCUUCACUAUUUUUUGCAUUAAAAUUCUCUUUGAGAAAAA